AUGAGUGUAAUAAAUGCAUGUACAAUUACUAAGCCUAACUUCUGUCCUUUAUGUGGAAGUUCUUGGCAUGAAGGGUGUUAUUGUCAAAAUCCUCAAUGUGGGUGUUUAUGGGCACCAUGCGAAAAUCAUCCAAAUAACCCAGUUUUUUAUCAAUCUCCCUUGGAAACACCAAGGAGUGGAAAUAAUACCCCACCUCAUAUUAUUGUCCCUGAACAAAGCACUUCUCCUAGACCUGGAUUUUUAUCACUUCCUAGACCAACAAAACUAGCCCCAAAACCUUCUACUAUUCCUCCAAAACCACAAUCAAAUCCACCUCGUUUCAAAGUUAGAAGUUCACGUGAAUCACCUCGUUUAGAACAACCAAAAAGUGAACUUGGAACACCAAGAGAAGGGAUAAAAAGUCCAAGAGUAAUUGGUAAGGAAAAACGACGACUUAGUGGAUCGAUUGAUUUUAAAAGUGAAACUAACCUAGAUGAAACAGACAGAAUAACAGAAACAAAAAGAAGAUCAUCAUCAUUAAAUUCAGAGGGUGAUGUUGAAGUAGAUGAAUUUGGUGAUAUGUUAUGUUCUCGUUGUGGAAGGCCUGUAUAUGAAAAUGGGAUAAAAGCAAAUCGAUGUGUAUUUCAUGCAGAAUGUUUUACUUGUGAAAGAUGUGGAUUACGAUUUAAUGAAAGAAGAAAACCAUUAUAUUAUCAUAAAAAAUGUAUUUGUUUAUCAUGUUAUUUGAAAAGGUGCCCUAAAUGUGAUUUGUGUUUAGAACCUAUUACAGGAUCUUAUGUACGUACUGACAAAAAGAAAUUUCAUAAAGAAUGUUUUAAUUGUUGUAAAUGUCAUAAUGAAAUUACAACAAAAUAUUUUAUUACUAAUAAAGGUUUUGCAUGUCUAAAUUGUAUAGAGAAAAAAUGA